GGACACGUUAUCACUAAACACAAGCACUGAGACCGGGGCGGACGUUGAACACCGUUACACUCGGAGCCCACUUGUUGAUGAAUACUGGCGUAUGUGGGAUCCGGCUGUCUCUGAAUCCAUACGACUGAGGGAAGGAAGGUGAUAUUGUGUCUGGUCGCUAUGUACGGGGCAUGACGGGCCUGGGUCUACCUUCUAAACAUAACGCUAGUGGAUACCGUUUGGAUUACUCGAGAUUGAGAGUUACUUGCAGAACGAAGCUAAUGAGUCCGUGGAUACACGGAGUGACGGUGCUGCUGAUGGCAGCGUUGACGGGUGUGCAAGGUAACCAGUACGUCAGUGCCUGUUACUACACGGGUUGGUCAGCUGGUGCCAACAACAACAUCCGCCUCCCGAUUGAGAACAUCGACCCAGGGAUAUGUACCCAUCUUGUUUAUGCAUUUGCAAAUCUGGACAAGUACUCUAUGAAGCUCGUUGCGUCUGAUCCGAGAGUUGAAGACCCUGUGGGUGGAAAUGGACGAUACACACAUUUUAACAAACUUAAAGAAAAAAACUCGAACUUAAAAACGCUGUUGUCCGUGGGAGGAGAAAACAGCGUUGCUUCAAAUAACUUUGCACAUAUGGCAAGCAAAACGGCGUGGAUUACCAAGUUUGCAAAAUCUUCUGCGGAGUUUUUGCGGAAACGAGGCUUUGAUGGCCUUGACAUUGACUGGGAGUACCCUAACGCCACAACCAAGAAUUUCUAUGUGAAACUUUUACAGGGGGUCAGAGAGGAGUUCGACCGUGAGGCAGAGGAGACGGGUAGACGCCGGCUGUUGCUGACGGUGGCGGUGGCAGGAGGGGAGGAGAAGAUUCUGGCCGGCUAUGACAUAAAAAAGAUUACAACGUACGUGGACUACAUGUUUCUAAUGGCGUAUGAUUUCUUUGGAUCGUGGAGUGAGGUGACUGGAUUCAACAGCCCACUUAAAGAGAGACAAAGCAACCCAAGAUUUUCCAAACUCUACAACGUUGACCAUGCCGUCCACGUGUUGCUGAACGGUGGGGCUGACAGGCGGAAGGUGGUGGUGGGGAUGACAGGGGCUGGUGCAAGCUUCAUCCUCAACGACACCAAUGACCACUCCGUAGGCGCUGCCGUCAUCAAAGGGUCCAAGCCACUCGGUACCCUGUUUGCCCAACCAGCGAGGCUCAUCUACCCCGAGAUAUGCUUGAACUUGAACGUGAAGUGGCAACGGGAAUGGGAUGAGGAACAACAAGUACCCUUCGCGUACUUCGAGGAACAUUGGGUCGGGUAUGAUGACAGACAGAGUAUACGAUUAAAGACAAAGUACAUCAUUAGUCAACAACUAGGAGGUGCGAUGUUCUGGGAACUAAGUUUUGACGACCCCAGUGGCAAAUACUGUGACCAAGGCAAGUUCCCGCUUCUCACCGUAAUCAAGGAAACGCUUGGACUUGAAUCUGCAGAAACGCCUCUCACCAAGAACGUUGACCCCGGUAUUAAACUUAUGACCAAGGGCGGCGCAGGGGCGACAACUCUGUAUGGAAAUGAACAUUGUAUCAUUAGUGCUGUACUUGUGUGUGUCUGUCGGUUGUUUAUGAACAUGUGAUUAUUCUAUCUGUUUUUGUUAAGUUUUGUUUGAGUGAUUUGCGAUUUCAUACUGCAAGAAAUUACAUGGUAUGUAAAUGUGUUCAAAAUGUUGAUAAAA